AUGAGAACCAGACCGACUUGGGAAUCCAACAAGGGAGGGCGAGGGAGAAUUGGAAGGGGGGGACCGAUGGGGAAAUUAGCGGAUUGGUUCACACUGUACAACUGCUACAGGGGGUUCCAUUGCAGGGGUACCCCCAGAGCUAUACCCGGAGCAGACAGAAACCCCAUGUGGUGGUGUUCGCAUUAA